UCUAAUGGUCCCUUGGAUUCCUGCUCUACAUACAAGAAUUCGCCCUUUAUAUCGGCACGAAUGCUUGGUGAUGUUGCACCCCUGCCUGGUCUGAGCAACACCGGUACUACAUGUCUUAUUGACUCUCAGGUUGCCCCCCAUGAGCGUCCUAGACGAGCAAUAUGGCCGCGCCACUUGCGUGGCUUAUUCGCCUGUGGUCCCCUGGGCAGAGCUGUACUCGCUACUGCGGCCAGCCAGCGUCUACCUGCAGACCUGUUUUGCCGGCACUGGUCCCCGGACCGAUCUGUUGAAUACCCUGGGCACAAUUCACCAACAUGCCGCACGAAAAGAAAAUGCUCGCCAAGAUUCAGCGGCCCUGGAGCCAUUUGUGGCACUUCUCCUCAAGUAUCUCACUGUCCACGAGGCAGUGGAUAUUCUUCGCGUAUUUCGGUGUUGUGGAGCGGCAUGAACCAGGAGGUCGUGCAGAAGUGGGCCGACAAGCAUGACCUUGCUACGCUGUCGACAGCAUUGGGCGCCCUCAAGACUACCGCUCACGAGACAUGCAGGACUCGCUGUGACCUGAGCGACAGAAGAACGAUGAAAGCCUGGAGCCUCUACAUGAAGGGCGCGUCCGCUCUAUUCUCGUGGUGUAUAGCGCAGAAUCGUGGCAGCGUCCUGCUGGUCACUCCGCCGCCUGGAGAGCGUUUUCAUCCUUCGGGACUGACAAACCUGCAGCUCAUCGAAGGUCCGAUCAUUGCUGGGUUGUAUGGUCCGUCGUGGCUGCAUAGUAUCGAUAUUGUUCAUCCACAGAUCCCUGCUGCUGCUGAUGAUGGAGUGGCGCCAGGUGAAGGGAUGGUCUUUGGGCGUGAGCAGCAGCAGCAGCCAGCCAAAUUCCUUGGAAGUCAAGCCAUCUGCUCCUGAGGGACGCUCGGCACCAGACCCGACAUCGCAGACGUGCGUAUCCUCGCCCACGGUGUUACUGUCUCCGCACAAAAACAAGAUCAUCAUUAGCGUGCACGCAUCCAACCCUCCCAAGAAGAAAAUCUCAACCCAACCGAACACAAUGGGGUAUCCGCCUCCACCAGGGCCGAAGACUCAAGUCGGAGUGUCACAGUCAGUGUCUGCCCCAGCGGCUUCAACAAGCAGGCCUUCGGCUGAAAGCGCAUGUUCACCUCUUAUUCAGAUGGUGAGCAAGACAAGCAAAGCUGGCAAGAAGGCUGCAAGAUUAGAGAAGGAGCGCAAGGCGGCAGAGCGGCAAGAGAAGGAGAGGAAAGAGAAGG